CCCAACAGGACAUUGCUUUCCGUGAGGCAAUUUCCCAAUUCCAAGCUCACAGCUGUCAAGAGGUCUUCUGCAGAGCUGAUGAAGGAGAUUGCCACUCUCGAGGUUGAAAUAAUGCACUUGGAACGGUAUCUUCUUUCACUGUACCGGACAGCUUUGGAACAGCAUUUCCCUAACACAUUGGAGAACUAUGGAACCCAAUUACAUUGUAAGAUGGGAUCGCCUCUACAAACUACAACUACUCAUCUAUGUUACAAGAUGGAAUCUAACAUGUGGAAAGGUGGCACUGACCAUUAUAAUCGAAUUUUCCCUGCACAAGGUUUGACUUGUUCAGAUGAUCAGAGUGAUGCUGCUUCUACGAAAUCAUCAUCUAGAAGGGAUACGGAAAAUGCUGAUCCUGGCCAUUGUAGCCUCGCAGAUCACCUUGGCGCUUCUUGCUUUGAUGAUGCUCUUAAAAGUCCUGACAGACUCUCUGAAGACAUCUUCAGAUGCAUGUCUUCCAUUUACUGCAAACUUGCCAACCCCACUCUGACUCGUACAGGGUUUUCAGUUUCUUCUUCUUCAUCCUUGUCUUCCUCAUGUACAUUGUCUCCCCAAAAUCGUUCUGAUAUCUGGAGUCCUCGUUGCAAUGAGGAAGCUACAGGCCAUUGUCAAUUUCAAGGAUUGAAAGAGAGUGGACCAUAUGCUGCAAUUGUAGAGGUUCUAAAGAUAUGCUUAGAUGAUGAUAGUUUCAAUUAUGCUGCUAGAAUGCUACAAAGUUGCAGGAUAUUGGUCAAAAGUCUGGAGAAAAUUGACCCAAGGAAGAUGAAGCGUGAAGAGAAGCUUGCGUUCUGGAUCAACAUUCACAAUGCCUUGGUGAUGCAUGCAUAUCUAGCAUAUGGAACUCACAAUUAUGUCAGGAGAACCUCCAUACUGAAGGCAGCUUAUAAUGUGGGUGGACAUUGCAUAAAUGCUUAUGUCAUACAAAGCUGCAUUUUGGAAAUCCGACCACACUAUCCAGCCCCGAUCAGCUCCAGCUCUUGCAAUAGGGCUUGCCAGGUAACCCAGUUCCAGGAACCAAGAGGUGACUCCACGAAUGACCAAAUCAGUGGGGUCACGUAGGCUUUCUGUGGACAGGCUGAAGCAUCCUUACAGGUAGGUUGCAUGCUCAAAGUGAUAAGUGGCAUUGCCGCUUGCUAGGACUGUGCUGCAGCAUGCUGUCAAAUAACUACCAAGCUUGUGCCGAGCUUCUCACUUGUGCUCAUAACACAGCAUUAGAAUCCAGGCCUUAUGAUGUCUGGUGACCUUUUAGAGAUUUAGGAAGUAUAUGAGAAUUACGUUCUCAGUUGA